UUGAUUUAUAUUUAAUUCGGCUUGAGUAAAGCACACACAAUAUAUUUUGUCGGUGCAUAAGUCUGCCCGUAUUGAUAGAGUGCACAUAGUGUUCGUUAAAAUUUGAAUUUUUUUUUUUAAAUAAAUUUUUUGUUGUUAUCUUUGAGGCGCAACAAUGUUUUUUUACCUAAUUUUUGUUGGUGCACUAGCUGCCGCUGAUGCAAUUGGAAAUGUCACUGUAACUAAAGAUAAACGACAAGUAGAGCAACCCACACAUAGUUUCGUUCCAUCUAAUCAUCAAAUCGGCGGACAACAUCACUAUGCUGCGAGUGGUGAACAAAUAACUGCGACGCCACAAAACUACUACAGAUACGUUCAGAACCUUUUACAAAAUCAACAACAACCUCAGCAAUACCAAGAUUCGCCCAAAGAAAUUCCAUCCCAUCAAAGUGAACCUCGUCACCACGCUCAACCGAUAAAACCAGCCCAAUUUGUGUAUUACAAUGAACCGCAAGCGCAAUACCAACCUGCGGUCGACAAUCACCACCAAUUGGAACCGAAAGUGAUCAGCGAAGAAGAGUACCUGGAAUUGGUUCGGCAGCAAUACGGAGAGAAUGUAAACCAUACGGCUGCGCCCAAACAUCGUGCUAACAAAGCCAGUCAAUAUAAAGCGCAAAAGGACUAUCAACAAACAUAUAUACCAAACGAACAACCGCAGUCGUAUUUGAAGUCUUACGUAAAUCCACUGGGUGAAUUUUCAUUGGAAAAAGAGCUGGCUCAGCUGGAGAAGUCAAACAAGGCUAUCUACGAGGAACAAGCGGAAAAGGAUACGGAACAAUCGUUGAAGAAAGAACGGUAUCAGUUUAAACCGUCGCACCAGUUCGUUGAAUACCAGGACCAACAAGACCAAUUUUUGCCGCCGGCAUAUUCUCAUUUGAGUGGUAAUCGUCCGGUGUCGCAGAAGCUCAUCAGCAGCCCAUACGAACGCGAUGAAAGUGCUGCGGAAAAGGCCAACAACCAUCAGCCGGAUUAUCAAUUUCGCUUUGUGUCGCCAACGGACAAUUCUGCCAAAUUUUACCAAGAAACUAUUAAAACGGGACCUAAGAAUUCCUUUGUUCCUUUGCCGAAACCUCAACAUUUGGAUGCGUCCGAUAGUGCGGCCCAUUCUAAUGCAAACAUAGCCAAGAAACAUAGUCAAUUGAUCUACCAGAAACAACAUACGUCAGCAUCAACUGCACAACAUAAUCCGCCCAACAAAAAACAGCCACAGAAAGUCACCGGCCCAAAUUCAGAAAAAUUCAGCCAAUAUCAGCCGAAUAAAGCUCAAUCGCAAUCAUCCAUCUUCGUUUCGCAGAGCACAGGCAUUCAGCAGAAACCACAAGUAGAAAACGAACAGCCGACACAAGACAAUAUUCAACAGCAUCAACAAGCGCAACAGCUGUACCACAAUCAUCAACAACUACCACAACAACAGCAUAAUCCACGCAUACCCUUAACAAAUCCAAAUAGACCACUUACACAAGAGGAAUUUCAAGCGUUAGUUGAUGCGGGAUACAAAGUGCAAGCAAUUCCUAUUCCAGUGCCAGUGCCUGUAUCUGCCGAAGCUUAUGCUCAACAUCAGCAACAACAGCAAAAUCUACAACAACAACAACAACAGCAGCAGCUGCAGCAGCAGCAGCAGCAACCACACCAACCACAUCAUCAGCAACAAUAUCAACAGCCAAAUCCAUACCAUCCGCAACAGUCGGUUAAUCCUACACGAUCUUCUUCUAUUCGACCCCAACCGAGUAAUAAGCACUAUAUACGCUACCAUCCACAACCGACAGAAGGAGUACUAACGUCCUACCUUCGGCCGUUCUUAGAACAAUAUAACAAUCUGAUGGGUGGCAAAAUUUAGCACAUUUUACAGAUCUAUUAAAUUGUAGUCUAAUUUCUUGAAAUAAAACAAUGAAGCUCCCAUGUCAUCUGAUAUCGACUGUGGCGAAGAAAAUAUAA